AUAAAGCAGCCAUGGAUAUAGCAAUGAAAGCUCUGGAAGACAAACAUGACGCUGGCUACCAAUGGAUCAAAGAGAGGGACAGGAAACACUGGUGUAGAGCGCUGUUCAAAGAGGAAGUCAAAUGUGAUAUCCUCCUAAACAACCUGGCUGAAGCAUUCAACAAGUACAUACUUGCUGCAAGAGAGAAGCCAGUGUUGACAAUGUUCGAAAUGAUAAGGACGCAGCUUAUGAAGAGGAUUAAUGACAAGCGGAAGUUUGGGGGAAACAUGGAGGGUGAGCUGUGUCCAAAGAUCAGAAAGAAGUUGGCCAAAAUCAUUGAUUAUGGUUGGAAGUUCACCGCAGAUCCUGGUGGUAGCCCUCAGUGGCAGGUAGAGGGCCCAGGGGGCCAGUUCGUGGUUGAUUUGGCUAACAGAACAUGCACAUGUCAAAGGUGGCAGCUUAGUGGAAUCCCAUGUUCGCACGCUACACCAUGCAUAUAUGGAAAUAAUCAACGGCCUGAAGAGUUUGUGGAUGAUUGCUACAGUGUAGCUACGUAUCAGAAGGUAUACAGCUAUGUAAUCAACCCUAUGAAUGGGCCAGACAUGUGGGAAACAGACCCUGAGCCAUUCAAUAUCAUACUCCCACCAUCCCCAGUACAUAAGAAGAAGAGGGGAAGAAUACCAACGGCUAGGAAAAAAGAGGCGGAGGAACUAGAGAAACAAAGGGUUGAAAAAACCAAGGAAGCCGCUGCAGGUAGGGAAAAGUUGCCAAGGAAAGGAAAUAUGAGAAUGACUUGCAGUUUAUGUGGUCAAUUUGGACACAAUAAGAGGGGUUGCCUAAUGAGGAGUGGGGGUCAGUCAACUCAUGAGGUUGGUGGUCCGUCAGCUGAAAGAGUGCCUGGUGGUCAGUCUGCUGAAAGAGAGCCUGGUGGUCAGUCUGCUGAACGAGAACCUGUGCUUCAUGACUCUCCAGUCACCCUCCGCUGGAUGAUGGAUGGUACAAGUCAAGUCGUUCAUAGGUCACCGAGUAGACGUGACACCUUUCCAUUUGUGGAUCAAGCGGUUCCAGCGGAACCUCCGGUUGCUGACCAAGGCCAACCAGACCAGAAUCACCCAGGUGAUGCAGAAGAGCAUGCCUUCAACAGCCAACGGAGCAGUGUUGAAGAUGGAGCUCCGUCCCAACCUAUCCCAACGCAAGCUGAAAAAGGAAAAGGGAAGCGGAGAGCUAAAGAUGUUCCCUCUAGAUACAUGAACAUCCUGAGGAAGAGAUCCAAAAAAACGUAG